AUGUCGCGUUCGCUCCUCUGGUCUCCACUCCACCUCCUUCUGGGUCCCUCCUUGGGGAUGCUGGGCCCAGCACCAGAAGUCUGAAAAACUUUGGAAGAUCACAGGUGGUGCCUGGGACCCAGUCCUCCUACCACUAGGGGCACGCAAGAAACAACCCCGCCCUCGGCCGCCUUCCAACCUCUCUAGCCAUUCUCUCGCUCCCUGGAGCCUGCGAGAGCAAGGGCGAGACAGGGGCGGGGAAGAAACCAUGUGGGCUGUACUAAAUAACCUUGUAUCUCAGGGACGCGUAGGUCUAGGAGGGCGGAAUAUUUUCUCCGUGUCUUCGUCUCCAGGAAGCUAUACCCUCCGGAGAGAGAAGAGUAGAAGCAGUUCCUCUGGGCCUCCUUUUCUUUUGACCUCUCCUUCUCGGUUCCCUCCUCGGCGUCAUGGGUUCCUUGCCCCCCUCCUCCCUCUGCGUUUUGGUACGCGCCGAUAGAAAGGGGCGGACGGAGGAAAAGGAAGAGGAAGCGGGCAGGUCUUAAAGGGGCCGCAGCCAUUUUAAGCUUUUUUUUUUUUUUUUUUUUUUCUUUUUUCUUCCAAUUUUGCCCGGUGGGGCUCAGCUGGGGUGGCGAGGGCGGCCGCUGGAGGCGCGAGGGCCUGCCCCCCGGGGAGGGCGGUGUGUGCGCGCCCCGGCGCCCGACGCAUCUGGGCCGGCCGGUGCUCCGGCGGGCUGCGAGCUCUAACACCUGCGGCCGGCCAGGCGGGGACAGCGGGGAGCUGCGCGCUCUUGGCGCUGCCGAUGCGCCGGGCCGGAGGGUGAGGCCGCGCGGCGGGGCUGGGACUCAGUUGCCACCUCCAGAUCGGGCCCGGGGCUGCAAGGGGGUCGCCGCGAUGCCAGGCGAAAAUAUCUUCCUGUUUGUGCCUAACCUCAUCGGUUAUGCCCGGAUUGUCUUUGCCAUCGUUUCUUUCUACUUCAUGCCCUGUUGCCCCCUCACGGCCUCCUCCUUCUACUUGCUCAGUGGACUUCUGGACGCUUUCGAUGGACACGCUGCUCGAGCCCUUAAUCAAGGGACCCGGUUUGGGGCCAUGCUGGACAUGCUGACGGACCGGUGCUCCACCAUGUGUCUGCUGGUCAACCUGGCCCUGCUGUACCCACGGGCCACCCUUCUCUUCCAGCUCAGCAUGAGCUUGGAUGUGGCCAGCCACUGGCUGCACCUCCACAGUUCUGUGGUCCGAGGCAGUGAGAGUCACAAGAUGAUCGACCUGUCCGGAAAUCCCGUGCUUCGCAUCUACUACACCUCCAGGCCGCCCGCAACAUGGCUGCCCUGGACGCCGCGGACCGUGCCAGGAAGAAGUGACCCCGGAACCUCCAGCCCCUGGCUGCCCACCUGCCCUGGGAGUCUCGCUGUGCCACGCGGCUCCCCCUCUCACUCCCGCGAGGUCCCAGGCUCACGUCUUCCUAAUGUGUUGUCCGGCCUGCUGGGAAGGGCGUCGGCCUCCUUGGUGAUGCCAUGUUCUCUGAAAUCCUGAGGACCAGUCCCACCAGUAGGAUUCCCCAGGACCUGGACUUCAAAUCAGGAAGGAUGCUCAGGAGGCCCCGCCCAUACGGGCAGUGCUCCUAGGGCACCAAGAGACCUGUCUGAGGACCGGGCAUUGUCGCACCUGCUGGCUCAGCUCUGGGGUCUGGCUUGGCCUGAGGCUUCAGAGACACCUGAAUGAGGGAGAUGGGGUAGGGGCCGGGUUUCUCGACAGGCAGGGAGUCAGGCCUGUGCCCCUGGCCAGAGGAAGCCUGCGGUCCCACGGCCAAGAGAGAAGGAGCCGAGCAGAUCCUUUCCCAUCCCAGCCUCCUGUGUCUGGUCUAUCCCAGCUCUGAAAACCUCUGUAAUAAAGGGGGAGGGGGACGUCACUCUCCAGGAUUUGGUUUCCUUUGAGAUACAGUUGGACCAAGGCCUGGGUUGAGGGGAGCUUGGGGAAAAAGAAGAUUCAUCUGGAUGCUUUCCCCUGGUUGCUUACUGUCUGGCUCUGUCCUGUCGUUCCACAGUGACCUCAGACAGAGGCCCUCCCUGCCACCCAAGCUCGUACCCUGUCUCUGCCUAGUUUCUUGAUGACCUCGUCACUGGCCGUCUCCAUUUAUUUGUAUACCUCAUAUUUUCUAUCCCCACCAGAAUGUAAACUCCCUGAGGGCACAGACUUUUCUUGUUCUUCCUCUGUCCCCACAAUGAAGAUUAACCUGAACCUGGCAGAUCAUAGCCACUUAAUAAAUAUUCACGAACAGAUCA